CCAAGGCAUUAAACGGAGUGUAAACCAUGGCCGUAACGCUUAGCGCCCUGCGUAAUCGAUUGGUGGUGCUGGCCACCUCGUCCGGCAUUCACAAGGAGCAAGCCGAUAAGUACCGUCAGCUUCUCGACCAGAUACUGCUGAACACCGGUGAGGAACUAGUGGACACACUGAAGCAGUUCAUCGAAGCCAUUCUGAAUGAGCAUGUAAGUCUGGUUAUCUCGCGCCAGAUACUGUCGGACGUAAGCAUCCAGCUGACGAAGCUACCGGACGAGAUCUCCAAAUCGGUGUCGCACUUUACGCUGGACAAGGUACAACCGCGGGUCAUUUCGUUCGAGGAGCAGGUUGCCAGUAUCCGGCAACACUUGGCGCAGAUCUACGAGCGCAACCAGAACUGGAAAGAAGCUGCCAACGUGCUCGGUGGAAUCCCGCUGGAGACGGGACAAAAACCGUACUCGUUGGACUACAAGCUCGAAACGUACUUGAAAAUCGCCCGGCUAUUCCUCGAGGACGAAGAUCCGGUUCAGGCGGAAUCGUUUAUCAACCGUGCGUCGAUCCUGCAGGCCGACACCAAAGACGAGAAGCUGCAGAUCCUCUACAAGGUGUGCUAUGCCCGCGUCCUGGACUAUCGGCGCAAGUUUAUCGAGGCCGCCCAGCGCUAUAACGAGCUCUCCUACCGGACGAUCGUCGACGAAGGCGAACGGAUGACGGCACUGAAGAAGGCCCUCAUCUGCACCGUUCUGGCAUCGGCCGGCCAGCAGCGAUCGCGCAUGUUGGCCACGCUCUUCAAAGACGAACGCUGCCAGCAUCUACCGGCGUACGCGAUCCUCGAGAAGAUGUAUCUCGAUCGGAUCAUCCGGCGGUCGGAGUUGCAAGAGUUCGAAGCGCUGUUGCAACUGCACCAGAAAGCGAGCACACUCGACGGUUCGUCCAUCCUUGACCGGGCGGUGUUCGAGCACAACCUACUGUCGGCCAGCAAGCUGUACAACAACAUCACGUUCGAGGAGCUCGGUGCACUGCUGGAGAUUCCACCGCCCAAGGCGGAACGAAUCGCUAGCCAGAUGAUUACCGAGGGUCGCAUGAAUGGAUACAUCGAUCAGAUCGACGGCGUGGUACACUUUGAGACCCGGGAAGUGUUGCCACAGUGGGACAGACAAAUUCAAAGCAUCUGCUACCAGGUGAAUGGGCUGAUUGAAAAGAUUGGCGCCGCCGAAGCGGAAUGGCUGAGUAAAACAAUGGAGGAAGACAUGUGCCCUUGAGGAGACGUCGCCCAAGCUGCACCCGCAUACGAAUUGGCCCCAACAGUGUUAUUGCCCACGAGCUGAACUGAAUCGCGCGAAGUUUAACCUCUGCGCCGAAAUGUAAUGUUGAUAUGAGCGUGUGAAGCAGAGAGUUUUCCUUUUUAUUCAAUAAAGUACUACU